AUGCCACCUUCCGAUCCAACCAACACUUCUCUAACUGAAGCCGAUGACGACCAACGGCUUCGGGAUUUUAAAGACGCUAAUCAAACACGAUUUGAAGAGGACCUAGAAUUUGUUCAAUCGCUUGCUAACCCUCAUUUCGUUCAGGAAUUAACCUUGAAGGGUAUUCUCGCAUCCGAGCCAAUGGUCAACUACCUGAAUUACCUCAAGUACUUUCACGAUCCGCAAUAUGCCGUCUUCAUUCGUUAUCCAAACUGUCUAUUCAUACUCGACCUUUUAAACAAAUCCGAGAAGUUUCGAACCGUGAUCGAAAGUCAGGAAAGCGCUCAAUUUCUCAGUGAUAAGCUCAUUCAGAAUUGGAUCACU